CUUUUUUCUUUGGUUUGUUAUUUUCUCUCUCUAAAGUUUCUCUCACUAGAAUUUCUACUAGUAGAAGUAGUACUGAAAUUUUUUAUUGCGGCAUUGUCUUGUUUUUAAGUUAAAAUCCAUCAAUCUUAUUACUUCCUCACGCAUUAAAGUGUGUUCAUUCUUUGUUUUCUCUCUCUAAUUUCUCUUUCUAGAAAAAAAUUUACACAGAAAAAAUAAUUUUUUUUCCCAUUUAUUUGGUUACCACUUGUGGGAAUUUUAGUGGGUUUUUAUUUUUGUAAACUGGGUACUGUAUUAAUUUUGUACAUUAUAUUAUAUGAGAGAGACAAAAUAAUUAAGGUAAUAAUUAACAUAAUUAGAGAGUAUUUUUGAAGAAAGAGUGAGGUGGGAGGGGGGAGUAGGUUGAACAAAGAGCUGUAUGAAGAAUUGGUGAUACAAUGAGAGAUGAAAAACCCAAGAAAAGCAAGCUUUGGUGGUCGAAGUCUCUGAUUAAAAAAUGGUUCAAUAUCAAGACUAAAUGCGAGGAAUUUCCUGUUGUUGAUGAUCUUGCUUAUGGAGGAGGUGAAGUGGAGUGGAGAAGUAGCUUCUCAGAGAGGGAGCCAUGUAAUAUCAAGAAAAGCAAAACAGAGAAAUUUAACAUCAACUCGGAUCGGAUGCGACUUGGCAAGGAAUAUCUUGAGCAUCCUAGGAUCAUAGAUGUCCAGAAUCAUAGUGUUUUUGUAGCAACAUGGAAUGUGGGUGGGAAAUCACCACCAAGUAAUAUGAACCUUGAUGAUUGGCUUCACGCCUCACCUGCUGCUGAUAUUUAUGUUCUUGGAUUUCAGGAAAUUGUGCCCUUAAAUCCAAGCAACAUAUUAGGAGCUGAAGAUAAUGGUCCCGCUAAAAAAUGGGUCAACCUAAUAAGAAAGACAUUAAAUAACCGUCCUGGGAUUUGUGGAAGCAGUGGUAACCAUACUCCGUCCCCUGUUCCUAAUCCAGUUGUUGAAAUAAAUGCUGAUUUUGAAGGGUCCGGUCGCCAUAGAGCUGCAUCUUUCCUCCCUCGCCGAUCAUUUCAAGCCACAGGAAGUAGGAAGAUGGACAAUGACCCUUCCACAUCACAGCCUCGACUUGAAAGGCGCUAUAGUGUUUGUGACCGGGCUAUAUUUGGUAACAGACCGAGUGAUUAUAGACCAAGCAAUUGCAGACCGAGUGAUUACAGGGCAAGUGAUUGCAGACCAAGUGAUUAUAGGCCUAGUGAUUACAGGGCAAGUGAUUAUAGGGCAAGUGAUUAUAGGCCUAGUGACUAUAGGCCCAGUGAUUACAGGGCAAGUGAUUAUAGGCCUAGUGAUUUCAGGCCAAGUGAUUUCUCUAAAUGGGGUUCAUCUGAUGACGAUUAUGGUCCGGGUGAUUCACCAAGCACAGUUUUAUUUUCACCGAUGUCAUGUAGUGGAUCUACCCAUAGUGACAUCUGCUACCGACAGCCUAAGCAAUCACGAUACUGCUUGGUGGUAAGCAAGCAAAUGGUUGGGGUAUUCCUCACAGUAUGGGUCAGGAAAGAUUUGAGAGAGAACGUACGAAAUGUGAAAGUCUCUUGUGUUGGUAGAGGAUUAAUGGGUUACCUUGGAAAUAAGGGUUCCAUUUCAGUCAGCAUGUUGUUGCAUCAGACCAGCUUCUGUUUUGUCUGCAGCCAUUUAACCUCAGGACAGAAAGAAGGCGAUGAGCUGCGCAGAAAUGCUGAUGUCAUGGAGAUCCUGAGGAAGACAAGGUUUCCACGCGUCAGUAAUGUGGGUGAUGAGAAGUCCCCUGAAACAAUUGUUGAGCAUGAUCGAGUCAUCUGGCUUGGGGAUCUAAAUUAUCGGUUAACACUCCCAUAUCGUUCAGUCAGGGCACUCGUUGAGAUGCAAAACUGGAGGGCAUUGCUAGAGAGAGACCAGUUGCGUACAGAACAAAGAAGAGGCCGUGUAUUUAACGAGUGGAAAGAGGGAAGUAUAUAUUUCCCACCAACUUACAAGUAUUCUCACAACUCAGACAGAUAUGCAGGGGAUGAUCUGCAUCCUAAGGAGAAAAGAAGAACACCAGCUUGGUGUGAUCGAAUAUUGUGGUACGGAAAUGGCCUGCACCAGUUGUCAUAUGUCCGCGCUGAGUCAAGGUUUUCAGAUCAUAGACCAGUUUACAGUAUAUUUUGGGCCGAGGUGGAAUCGAUCCCAGCCAGAUUAAGGAGAAGCAUGAGUUGUGCUAGUUCCAGAGUAGAAGUUGCUGAUCUCUUGCCUUACUCACAUGGCUAUACCGAACUUUGCUUUUUCUGAGGAAUUGGGUUGAGCAAAAGACAUCAUCAAAAUGAUCAAGCUCAGAUGCUACUCCAUCUCUGCCAUUCAGAAUAUUUUACUGGCGGGAAUAGCUUUGAACAAACUCAAUUCCUUGACAUGAUGCAGACAUUUCCUUGCUCAUUGUUCGAAAAAGGUGUAAAUUCUGCAAUUUUGUAAACAAGACCACGACUCGAAAUUGUACAUAAGUAUGGGGUUAAUAUUCAUCUCAAAACGAAGCUAACAAGAUUCAACACGAAAAACUUUUUGCUGACCAAGCUAAUCAAUUUAGGGUAUUCCUUUAUUUUUUGUAACUUUUUUUUUAUGGGUGAAGUUUAAUUUUGCUGACUAUGAUUUAGUGGGGUUCCCCAUUUUAUUUUUAUUUUUUUGAUUUUAGGAAAAAAGAGAUAGGAGCUUAGUGAUUUGAUUAGGCAUUCGUUGUGAAAGUGAUGGAAAAUCAAUAGAAAAAUAGUAUUUAUCGUA